UCCCGCCCUCUCCCCUAUUCCCCUCAGUCGACUCGCGCCUCCAGUUUUGGCAUUCACUCCCACCCGUGACCAAAGACUUGACCACUCAAAAGUCCAGCUCCCUGUAACUACUAGACAUGGACACCGGUGUGAUUGAAGGUGGAUUAAAUGUCACUCUUACUAUCAGGCUACUUAUGCAUGGAAAGGAAGUUGGCAGUAUCCUCGGAAAGAAAGGAGAAUCUGUUAAGAAGAUGCGCGAGGAGAGUGGUGCAGGUAUCAACAUCUCAGAAGGGAAUUGUCCUGAGAGAAUUAUCACUUUGGGACCGACUAAUGCCAUCUUCAAAGCCUUUGCUAUGAUCAUUGAUAAACUGGAAGAGGACAUAAGCAGCUCUGUGACCAAUAGCACAGCUGCCAGCAGACCCCCAGUUACCUUACGGCUCGUGGUCCCUGCUAGUCAGUGUGGCUCUCUCAUUGGAAAAGGUGGCUGCAAGAUCAAGGAAAUAAGAGAGAGUACAGGGGCUCAGGUCCAGGUGGCAGGGGAUAUGCUCCCCAACUCAACUGAGCGGGCAAUCACUAUUGCUGGCAUUCCGCAACCCAUCAUCGAGUGUGUCAAACAGAUCUGCGUGCUCAUGUUGGAGUCCCCCCCGAAGGGCGUGACCAUCCCGUACCGGCCCAAGCCCUCGAGUUCUCCAGUCAUCUUUGCAGGUGGUCAGGCCUAUACCAUUCAAGGACAGUAUGCCAUUCCACAGCCAGAUUUGACCAAGCUGCACCAAUUGGCAAUGCAACAGUCUCAUUUUCCCAAGACCCAUGGCAACACCGGAUUCAGUAGCAUUGAAUCCAGCUCUCCACAGGUGAAAGGCUAUUGGGCAGGUUUGGAUGCAUCUGCUCAAACUACUUCUCAUGAACUCACCAUUCCAAAUGAUUUGAUUGGCUGCAUAAUUGGGUGACAGGGCGCCAAAAUCAAUGAGAUCCGUCAGAUGUCUGGGGCGCAGAUCAAAAUUGCAAACCCAGUGGUAGGAUCUACUGAUAGGCAGGUCACCAUCACUGGGUCUGCUGCCAGCAUUAGCCUGGCUCAGUAUCUAAUCAAUGUCAGGCUUUCCUUGGAGACAGGUGGCAUGGGGAGCAGCUAGAACAGUGCAGAUUCACCCAUAAUCCCUUUCUACUGUGCACCACCACCCAUGAUCCAUCUGUGUAGUUUCUGAACAGUCAGCGAUUCCAGGUUUUAAAGAGUUUGUAAAUUUUCAGUUUCUACACACUUUAUCAUCCACUCAUGAUUUUUUAAUUAAAAGCGUUUU